UUGGGUUUUGAUGGGUUCUAGGGUUUAUGGCUUCCAUGGUGAUUGGUUCUCCAGCUAAGAAUUUAGCGAGUGUUUGGGUUUGGUCGGGUUCAGUUGUCUUAAAUUUCUAUUAGUUGGAGUGCAUUGUGGAGGGAUAUGUCCUGUGGAAAUUGGGGUGGCGAGAUCGAUCGACAAGUGAUUUUGGAAGUCCAAAUUGAAUUCUACGAUGGGCAAGAAAUCGAAAUCCGUUGAGGUAGCUGCUCCCGUCGUGGCUAAAUCAGAGAAGAACUCAGGGAAGAGAGCAUUAGAAGAGGCCAUCGCGGCCCCCGUGUCGAAGAAGACUAAACCUGAGAAGAAGGUUGUACCACCCCCCAAGAAGGUGGAAUCUUCUUCUGAGGAGGAUUCUGAGUCUGAGGAAGAAGAGGCACCCAAGCCCGUAGUUAAAGCUGCCCCGAAAGCAGCCGCUAAGGCAGCUCCUGCCAAGAAAGCACCUGUUGAAAGUAGCAGCGAGGAGGAGUCAUCUGAUGAAGAGGAUUUAAAGCCGGCUGCGAAACUUACUUUCAAGGCUCCUGCAAAGAAGGAAGAGAGCAGCUCCGAGGAAGAGGACGACGACUCUUCUGAUGAGGAGAUGGUCCCUGUUAAAGCUGCGCCAGCGAAAAAUGGCAAGACAUCUGUGAAGGCUGCUGUUGAAGAAAGCUCGGAAGAAGAGGAUAGCGAUGAUGAAAGCGAGGAGGAAGUCAAGCCUGCCGCCAAGUCUGCGAAGGCGCCUGCGAAGAAGGAAGAGAGUAGCUCCGAGGAGUCUGACGAGGAUAGUGAUAUGGAAGAUGUGGAACCUGCGAAGGUAGUUGCUAAGGCUCCUGCUAAGAAGGUAGAGACGAGCUCUGAGGAGGAGUCCGAUGAUGAUGAUGAUGAUAGCGAAGACGAGAAGCCCGCAGCCAAGAAUGGCGCAGUUGUGAAAGCAGCAAAAAAGGCUGAUGACAAUAGUUCUGAAGAGGAUGACAGUGAUGAUGAUGACAGUGAGGAGGAAGCCAAGCCUCAGAAUACGGAGGUCGCUGCAAAGCCAGUUGCCAAGGAAGAAAGCUCUGAAGAAGAGGAAUCAGAAGAGGAAGAUGAGAAAGAAGAGGUCAAGACUCCAGCAAAGACUCCAGCCAAGACUCCAACCACGUCAUCAACGGGAGGUAGCAAGACGAUCUUCGUAAAGAACCUUGCAUGGAAAGUUACGCAAGACACACUCUAUGAGUUUUUUGCGGAUGCAGGCACUGUUGCAGAUGUUCGGAUCUCUCAGGAUGAUGAUGGCCGGUCCCGUGGUUUUGGGCAUGUGGAGUUCGAAACCCCUGAGGGUGCCCAGAAUGCUUUAUUAAAGAGUGGGCAAAAUGUCGAAGGAAGGGAAAUUUGGUGCGACUUGGCUCGUGAACGUGGAGCAGCAACACCUGGAGGUGGCAAGGACUGGAGCCAAACGCCAAAUGGAGGAACUCGUGGGGGAAGAUCAGGCGGUGGCCAGACUGCCUACGUCAGAGGUUUCGAUAAGUUCCAAGACGAGGAGACUAUCCGUAGUGGUUUAACGAAGCUCUUCAGUGAUUGCGGUACAGUCUUGAAUGUUCGCAUUCCUACUGACAGGGAGUCUGGACAAAUCAAGGGGUUUGCUUAUGUUGAGUUUGGGAGUAAGGAUGAGGUGAAUAAAGCCUUCGAGCUCGAUGGCUCAGACUUCAAUGGCCGCAGUCUUGUGGUCAACGAGGCUAGCAGCGGUGGACCCAGUGGUGGCGGCGGUGGCGGCGGCAGCUUCAGUGGUGGACGCGGUGGACGUGGAGGUCGCGGUGGACGAGGAGGUGACAGAGGAGGAUUUGGAGGCAGAAGUGGAGGCCGAGGUGAUAGGGGGGGUCGCAGUGGUGGGCGUGGAGGACGUGGUGGAAGGUCCUCUGCUCCACUGGUUGGCACGGGAAAGAAGAUGACUUUUGAUGAUUAAAUAAAUGUGGUAUAAAUGAGAAUGUAUUUUGGUUGUGGUUAGGGUUUUUUAAGUUCCGGGUUCAUACCAACGGAAUACAACUAGAGAUAGAUUCGGUGGCGACUUCGUGGAUAAUUCCGCAGGAUUCAGCUUUUUCUCGGAAUUUUUAUUUUUAUUUUUAUUUUUCCUUCUUUCUUCUUUGAGAAGCGAAAGAUUUUACUAUACAGCCUUAUUCGUAGGCGAGGGUUCUUCAUCUCGCCAUUUAGUGAAGAUGCUAGUGGUGGCAAAAGGAUGAAUUACCCAGUACUGGGACUUGAAAAUUUCUUUUCUAUUCAAACAGAGGUUGAAUCAUUGGCUGCGUUUUUUUCUUA